AUGCCGGGUUACAAGAUUUGGUUUCUCCAUGGUGAAAGACCAGAGUACAAUAGUUCUAGCGAACCAUAUAUUGUUGAUAGCGUAGAGGAACCUAGAACAAAAGUAGAUUAUGGUGUGGGUACUGUUGAGAUGGUGAAUGAUGCAUAUAGGGAAAACAUGCAAUCGAUGGGUCAAAAUGUUGAUAGGUUAGAUGAACCUAAUGCAGAAGCACACAAGUUUUUUUUUAUGUUGGACGCAGCUAAGCAGCCGUUGUACGGAGGUUGUAGAGAAGGUCAUUCGGCUUUAUCAUCUGUAAGCAGAUUGAUGACCAUAAAGACGGACUACAAUUUGGCUGAGGAAUGUGUGGAUGCGAUAACAGAUUUUGUGAAAGACCUUUUGCCUGUAGAUAAUCAUUUUCCAGGUACAUAUUACGAGAUUCAGAAAUUGGUUUCCGGUCUUGGUUUGCCGUAUCAAAUGAUAGAUACGGCUGGUCCAAUGAGAUGGCACGCAGAACAUAACUCAAACGGAGAGAUUACGCAUCCUUCAGAUGCAGAAGCAUGGAGGCAUUUCCAAUCUGUGUAUCCGGAUUUUGCGUAUGAGCCACAAAACGUGUACCUGGGAUUAUCUACAGAUGGUUUCAACCCAUUUGGAAAGCAUGGAAGGCAAUAUUCGUUGUGGCCAGUAAUCGUAACACCUUAUAACUUACCGCCAUUUUUGUGCAUGCGUCGAGAGUUUCUUUUCCUUUCAAUUUUGGUUCCCGGUCCAAAUCAUCCAAAGAGAUCUCUUGAUGUGUUUCUCCAGCCGUUGAUACAUGAGCUGAAAAUGUUAUGGGAUCAUUGUGCUACAGCAUAUAACGUUUCAACCAAGCAGAAUUUCCAGAUGCGUGCAGAACUUAUGUGGAUGAUUAGUGACUUUCCAGCUUAUGGGAUGCUAUCUGGAUGGACAACUCAUGGAAGGUUAGCGUGUCCGUACUGUCAAGAUAACACAGAUGCGUUCCAUUUGAGGCACGGACGUAAAACGAGUUGGUUUGAUUGUCAUAGAAGAUUUCUACCAGCUCGUCACCCUUAUCGGCGUUCGAGGACAUUGUUUAGGAAGAAUAAGCAAGUGGUUGACCCACCACCUCCUGAAGUCGACAGACAUAUUUUACUGGAACAGUUAAGAGAUUUUGGAGCAGAGAGGACUACAGAUUGUGGUGGUAAUGGACAUGUUGUUGUUUACGGUGCUGGCAUCAAUCACAAUUGGUAUAAACAUAGCAUUUUUUGGGUGUUGCCUUAUUGGAAAGAUCUUUUGUUGAAACAUAAUCUAGAUGUCAUGCACGUCGAGAAGAACGUCUUCGACAACCUCAUGAACACUGUUCUAAAUGUUCCGGGAAAGACAAAAGAUAAUUUGAAGUCUAGAUUAGAUUUGCCAGAUAUUUGUGAUCGCGAUCCGCUUCAUGUACUAGAAAAUGGGAGAUGUCCAGUCCCGACAUUUCGGUUAGACACGCACAAGAAGGAAGCGUUCUUCAACUGGAUUACCCACGAUAUUAAAUUACCUGAUGGAUACGCAUCUAAUUUGCGUAAUUGUGUUGAUAUGGCUGAAGGAAAGUUUACUGGAAUGAAGAGCCAUGAUUGUCAUGUUGUGAUGCAGCGACUUCUUCCAUUUGCAUUUGAGCAUCUUUUACCAAGCAAUGUCCACCAAGCAAUUGCAGGAAGACUCAGUGGGACAAGAAAGAAUCGUCAACUGUCGCAGCAAGAGUAUACACACUUACAUAUGUAUAUUCUCACAAAGUGUGAGGAUUUUAUGGAAUAUGAGAGGUUUUACAUGGCUUUAAUACGCUCUUACUAUCUCACAUAUACCGAGGAGCAGCUUGAUGAGCAUAAGCAAAGGGAUUUUGCGCCUUGGUUGAAAUAUUAUGUUAACGAUGAAAGCGAAAAAGGUCAAACAUUUCCAUCAUGGUUAGUAGAAAUAGUAAACGGUCCCAACUAUAUUGCAACGUCUUGUCCGGGGUAUUGCACGAGGGGAUAUGCAUUUCGGAUUCACGAGGAAGGAAGUAGGCAGAGAACAACCGAUUCGGGUAUAUCAUAUCAUACAAGUGAUGUUGUGUACUAUGGUGUCCUUAGAGAGAUUUUAGAAGUAUGCUAUCCGGGGAUGUUAAACUUGAGAUGCGUUGUUUUCCUUUGUGAUUGGUAUGAUCCUUACAUCGAUCGUGGUGUCAGAGUUGACCAAUUUGGUGUUACAUCCGUUAACAUAAGACGUAGGUUGGUGAAAUAUGAUUCGUUCAUCCUUGCGUCACAAGCAGACUAA